UCAUUCCAGUUUAGUUGCCUUUCUCAGGCAGUCACAUGUCUGGAGUCAGAAGCGGCGUAGAACGCGUUCGAUUGAUGCGUUCAAGGACCUGUGGGAGAAGAGAUCAUGCUCUGUCGACGAAUAGCUCUGCUGCUGGUCGCUUUGAUGGCUGUCAAUCUGGUCGCUGCGACGUCGUCAGAUGCAGUCCCUACCGGAACGUCACCGUCACCAGGUUCCGGUGACGGCCAACGCGAAAUAGCAGAAGGACGAAUGUUCGCCAGUCUGCUAAGGGUCUUCGAAUCGGCAGAGUGGGACGUGAUAUUCGUUAAAAUGGCACGAGUCGUCGUCAACUAUUUCACAGACAUGGCUUUCAAGAUGAUGUUCGGAACAACAGGACGCACGUUGCCCUACCAAUUCCACGACCUCAUCGCACUAAGAGGGCGAUACCUUCGGCGACUGGCUGAAAAGACUAGGAGGGUCAGCCGAGAAGUGAGACAAGGUCUUGGCGAUGGGCUUCAAGGCCUAUCUGCAGAAUGCUGGAAGAAGCUGUCAUGCAACGUGGGCAGCUACAUCAGGCGAGUGGAUGGUUUCAGCAGCGCUCUUGAGACGACGUUCAAGAACUCGAACAAUCUUCUUCUCCUAUCAGCGCUGACUGGCAUGCAGCAGGGUGACUGCCAGCUGUCCUACCCAGACUGCGAUCUCCUCUAACGCCAUAUCUCACCACCGAGCGCGUAUAUCACGUGUUAUUUAUAACAUACCUCCUUUUGCAAUGUAUAGUUUGUAUCAAACGAAUGUUGACGUCGUCGAAAAUAUAAGUGCUAUCACUUUUCGUU